GCUCAUUCAUAGAGCCAGCCGCCGGCGGGACCACGGCCCGCGCCCACCCGGCUCCGCGCUCGGCCCCGCGCCGCGGGCACGCCCGCCCGAAGCCACCGCGCCUCCCGGAGCCGCCGGGCGCCCCGACCGGCUCCCUCGCCUGCCCCCUCUGGCUCUUCUGACUUUUCGCUUGACUUUGGGUUGAGGGGGAAUGAGCCGGAGGCCGGCGAUCCUCUCCGGGCUGUGAACUUGCCCCGCGCCGGGUGCGUGCGAGCCGGUGCGCAGCCCCAGGGCCGCUCCGUGGGUGGGGGAGCCCGCGGGCACCCCGGGGUGCGCGGGGGGCGGGGAUCGGGGACCCCCCCCCCCCGGAGGCGCCGCGAGGAGGAUCGUCCGGCCGCCGCCCGGGCCCCGCGGCCGACUCAGCGCACCCGGGCCGCGGUGUAGACGGGGCCGAGCGCGUGUGUCUGACCGCGGCGCGGCUCCCACCCAACCGCAGCAGCACCCACCGGCCGCAAACUCAACCCACAGCCCCCAGGCAGGGCCCUCCGGCCUGGGGACCUGGACCCCCAGUGUCAGCCAGCUGGGACUUGCUCAUUUCACUUUAGAAAAAAAAAAAAAGAAAGAAAGAAAGAAAGAAAGAAAAGAAAAUUAGUAUUACUAUUAUUAUAUGUAUAUAUAUAUAUAUAUAUUCCUGUGCAAGAGAUCUUGGGGAAGGUAAAAAAAACAACAAAAACAAAACAACAACAACAAAAAAAGUCGAAUUUUUUCCAACCUGAGCAACUUGGCCAGAAAUGUCUUUGCGAGAACAGAAGCCGCGCGUCUAAGCCCAGCCCUUCUGCAACGACUGAAGCUGAUUUUCAAGGCUACUUAAAAAAAAAAAAAAAAAAAAAAAAGAUUCUACAGCAACAUUAAUGGAUUUCUGUUGUGUUUAAAUUCUCUACAGAUCGCACUGUAAAUAUUUGAUGAAGUAGAGCAUAUGUAUAUAUUUAUCUCUCUGGGCACAUACAUUAAGCGAAGCGACCUUUGGGGAAGUGGCCGCCCUGCGUGUUUGAGAGGUUUUGUUUUGACUUGUUUGCUUUUUGCACCAGCGGAGGGACACGGGACCUGGGAAGCACGCGUGCAUUUGGCCGGGCCUGGGGGGCUUUAGACGAACCCCCCCCCCAAGCCCCGGGUAGGGGAGGGAGGAGGGAGCGAGGGGAGCCGAGCAGCGGGCACCGGAUUGGAACCUCCAAAUGCCGCCUGGCUCCCCGCAUUAAUAUUGUAGGACGCCUACGGGAACCUUGCCUCCGGGAAACUUGUGCACCAGCCCCAGAGUGGACCGCAACUCUCACAAAGCCGAGAAGAAGAGAGCGUGUGACUUGGGAUUCUCUUCGCUCCACUUAAAAAAAAAUUUUUUUUAACUUUUUGUUUGUUUGUUUUGUUUUGUUUUGUUUUAAGCGCUAAGUGCUCCGUAGCUGGGAGGAGCACCCCUUCUCGUUGGGCUAGAACUUGCCAUCCCGGCUCCCCACCCACCCACGCACCCACCACUCACCCACCCAACCCCUGGCUCCCCUUUGCACUUGUAUGUGGGUGUCCCCGGAGCGCCCCGGUCGCCGGCUGCGCGGAGCUGUUUGCAAGGUCGUCUUCACUCAUCCGGCCUGUUGUGAUGCGUAUCCCCGUAGAUGCCAGCACCAGCCGCCGCUUCACGCCGCCGUCCACCGCGCUCAGCCCGGGCAAGAUGAGCGAGGCGCUACCGCUGGGCGCCCCGGACGCGGGCGCCGCCCUGGCCGGGAAGCUGAGGACCGGGGACCGCAGCAUGGUGGAGGUCCUGGCCGACCACCCUGGGGAGCUGGUCCGCACCGACAGCCCCAACUUCCUCUGCUCGGUGCUGCCUACCCACUGGCGCUGCAACAAGACCCUGCCCAUCGCUUUCAAGGUGGUGGCACUAGGGGACGUUCCAGAUGGCACUCUGGUCACGGUGAUGGCGGGCAAUGACGAGAACUACUCGGCGGAGCUGAGAAACGCCACUGCAGCCAUGAAGAACCAAGUGGCCAGGUUCAAUGACCUCAGGUUUGUCGGCCGGAGUGGAAGAGGGAAGAGCUUCACACUAACCAUCACCGUCUUCACCAACCCUCCUCAAGUUGCCACCUACCACAGAGCCAUCAAGAUCACUGUGGACGGACCCCGGGAACCUCGAAAGGCAAGACAGAUCCAGCCGUCCCCGCCAUGGUCCUAUGAUCAGUCGUACCAGUACCUGGGCUCCAUCGCCUCGCCCUCCGUCCACCCAGCCACACCCAUCUCGCCAGGCAGGGCCAGUGGGAUGAGCACACUCUCGGCUGCCGAGCUCUCCAGCCGGCUCUCAACGGCGCCCGACCUGACGGCCUUCGGCGACCCGCGCCAGUUCCCCGCGCUGCCGUCCAUCUCGGACCCCCGCAUGCACUACCCGGGCGCCUUCCCCUACUCGCCCACGCCGGUCACGUCGGGCAUCGGGCUGGGCAUGUCGGCCAUGGGCUCGGCGUCGCGCUACCACACCUACCUGCCGCCGCCCUACCCCGGCUCGGCGCAGGCGCAGGGCGGCCCGUUCCAGGCCAGCUCGCCGUCCUACCACCUGUACUACGGCGCGUCGGCCGGCUCCUACCAGUUCUCCAUGGUGGGCGGCGAGCGCUCGCCCCCGCGCAUCCUGCCGCCCUGCACCAACGCGUCCACCGGCUCGGCGCUGCUCAACUCCAGCCUGCCCAACCCGGCGGACGGCGUGGAGGCGGAGGGCAGCCACAGCAACUCGCCCACCAGCAUGCCCGCCGCCCGCCUGGAGGAGGCGGUGUGGCGGCCCUACUGAGCGCCCCAUCUGCCCGCCGGAGCUGUGCACCUGCCACCCCCCGACCCGGAGCUGAGCUGUGCACCUGAUGCCCCCCGACCCGGAGCUGAGCUGUGCACCUGCUGCCCCCCGACCCAGAGCUGAGCUGUGC